AGGCGGAGGCAAGAUGCCACACACGCGCGCGUGCACACACGCAUUGGAGGGAACCCCAUCAGCUGUGGACAGCUACAACUUUUGUUUUUCCAACCCGUUCUUUUACAUCAUCGCGCGUCUUGCAUGCGCGUGACUGCUAGAAAAUACAACAGCAAGUGUGCGAUUCGCAGAUCUUUUUUUUUCCCGAAAGAGAAAGAAGUGAGAAAGCAAAACACGCGUUUUAGUGGGUGGCUUUGAAAGCAUGGAAUAUUUCAUGAUGCCGACAGAGAAGAUACCGACACUGCAGCAAUUUAAGAAGACUGAGAAGGAUGUUAUCGGGGGACUAUGCAGUCUGGCCAACAUCCCCUUCAGUCCAGAGACGGCCCAGGACCAAGAGAGGCGAAUCCGACGUGAAAUCGCCAACAGCAAUGAGCGGCGACGCAUGCAAAGCAUCAAUGCGGGCUUCCAGUCCCUUAAAAGUCUCUUGCCUCACACAGAUGGAGAGAAACUCAGCAAGGCGGCCAUCUUGCAACAGACGGCAGACUACAUCUUCACCUUGGAGCAGGAAAAGACGCAGCUCUUGUCACAGAACAACCAGCUCAAACGCUUCAUACAGGAAUUCAGUGGUUCCUCGCCCAAACGGAGGCGAGCGGAGGAGAAGGAUGAAGGCAUCGGCUCUCCUGAUACUCUCGAUGAAGAGAAGGUGGAAGAGCUGAGGCGGGAAAUGCUGGAGCUGCGCCAACAGCUGGACCGAGAACGCUCCGCCCGUAUGCAGCUGGAGGAGCAGGUGCGCGCUCUGGACACCCAAGGGCACCCGGAUCGUCUCAAGGUGAUCACCCAACAGGUGGAGGAGGAGCACGCGCAGCUCCAGAGCCAGACGCUGUUACGACUGCAACAAGUUCAAGCUGCAGACAGACCCCCUCACAGUCCAAAGGUGGUGGCCCCUCCCACUCCCAUCGCCUCAACCCACCACCCGACAGUCAUUGUGCCGGCGCCGACACUAACCCAGCAACCCAAUCACCAUGUCACCGUGGUGACCAUGAGCUCAUCUCUCCACAACAGCACCGUGUCUACGUCGAGACAAAACCUGGACACCAUUGUGCAGGCCAUCCACCACAUCGAGCGCACUCAGGAGAGGCGAGCGAGCGCAGAGGAAGAGCAGAGACGAGCGGUCAUAGUCAGCCCCGCCCAUGUCGCCAUGGACACCGCCUGUUCAGACACAGACACGGACACAGAGGGAGAGGACUGCUCAAUGAACUGAACUCACAAACACUUAACACCAUCUCACUGUAAGAUUCCAUCCAGAAGCUUGACUACUUAAAAAAAAAAAAAUCUCUCCGAGCUCCCACUCCCUGUAGUGAAGCGCUUUUCGCUGUCGCUCUUGUAAUGUAAAUUGUCUGACUGAAAACUAGGAGUGGUCAGCGUGCAGAGGAGGCCAAAUGGGGUUUCUUGAGGCUGCUCCUCAUCGGUCCGUCCUCCCACUUGUUUUCCAUUGCCAGGCGCCGAUGACAUUAUUUGUGCUGCAAAUUGACCUUUUCACUAUAAUGGAGAACUGAAUGUAAUACAGGAUGCAGCAACUUGUGACUUUUUGAUUAAGAACGAGGGAUUUAAGAGUUAAAAUCUUUUCUUUCCCUCGUCUUGCGUUUCCAAACAAGAUAGGUCACAGACUUAAUUGCAGGAGCGUUACUAAAAGAAAGGAUUUUACUUGAAUGAGUAUACUGAUCAGCUUAAGCCCUUAAAAUAGACAUUGAAGAAUAUAAGCUAUUAAUCAAUUCGAAAAGGAGCAAGUUGCCUUGAGAUUCAAAAUUGGAGCCACCUAAACUGCACCUGCCGACUUAAGGCGAGAACUAAAUGUCGGUUCACUAUUGUUCUGGUAACAUCAAGUGGGCUUUCUCAAUCGCUUUCCGACAACUUGACUGAAUAAUUGGAGGAAACAGUCUUAUUUUUAAUAGAUGAAAAUGUGAUGUACUCUUAAAACAUAUUAGUCUGCAUGACAAUUUCAAGUUUUCCACCAAAGACUUCCAGUCGCAACUUCUGAUCUUGGUUUGUUGUUUUCAGUGACUAUGCACUUGAGUGUUUGCUACUUAUGCAAUCGCAUCUUCAGUCCAUUUAUCCACGUGGCGAAGAUUACUAUGCACCGCUAAUAGGUGUGUAUGUCACACCAACAGUAAAGUUGUGACUCGCUUGUAUCAAAGAAUAUCAUUACCGUUCUUACGAGGUGCUGUUUGCCAACAUGGUGCUCUGCUGACGAGCUAAACCUUUUCAAACGUGGCGAGUCAUUUGCACAUGUUGGAAUUAGUUUUGUGUGGUUGUGCUGGAAAACAACUUAAGUUGAGUGUUGUAAAAUACACUAAGAUCGGUCACUGAAACAUCACAAAAGUCCCAAAUGAGCACUGGCCAAUGCUCAGAAUCGCUUCACAUUGAGAUGUUCAUCUUGUCGAGAUGUUUUUUUUCUUUUUAAAACUGGAAUUCUGUGUUUCUAUUUCCAAACACAAUUUGAUGCUGUAAACAUUCCAAAUGUUUGGAGUUGUCUUUUCAUCUCGCUGCCUUCUGUUGAGUGCAUGUUCGUAACAGGUUGUCUUGUGUGACAGGUAUUUUCUUUUUGUUUUGACAAACAUGUUGUAUGUGGACGCCGCUGCUCGCAAUCUAGCAUCGAUGUUCCAUCUGGUUCGACUUGUUUGUUCCAUGCAAAGUGGGAAGUUUAGGGGGUUGUUCAUAGUGUCAAAGAGGGAUCAGUGGAAAUUUGUUAAUUAUGAGGCCGCAGCCUAAAGUCAAACUGGAGCUUUGGUGGGUGAAACAAAGAAAAACACUUUUCAAUAAGAUCUGUACAGUACACAUUGUAUUUCAGCACUGAUGCCUUUCAGUGAAGUUUGAGUUAUUUGGUAUAAAGCACUUGCUGUCCUCUACUGCCUGAAACAAUGAUGAGGAAGUUCCAUUUCUUGUUUUUAAGUACGCUUUUUGCUAUGACUAUUUUCGUUCAAUGUGAUCUGCUUUUCUGUCUUUCCAAAUUUAUUUUACAUUUGUUGGUGUUUUAUAUUGUUAUCUCUUCUUUUUUUUUCAGUCCACGUCAAUAAGAAGCUGUUAUAUUUUUGUUUAAAAAACCUGGGUAAACAGUCCUUUGUAUAAAGAAUAAAAAAUAAAAUUUGUACUUUUCUAUGAUAAAA